UCAGGUCUCUCACCCGUUGUACUUGGCCACAGGCACCGUGCUCCGGACUGGCUGUUCCACUCCGCCGCCUUCACUCGAGAAAUUGACCAGAGCUCUCUCCAGCCCCGGGAGCAGCUCCGAGUCUUGAAGGAGCUCUUCAACCUCCCUCGAACUGAUGUAGGUCAGUUUGUCGGUCAUGCCGAGAGGGUAGCUUACGGUCUUCAAUUAACGCUAGCAGCCCUGAGAGCUGAGCUCUGUUUGCUGAGGGAGUCCCAAUCAAUGAUCCGAUCAAACGUUAACUUUGGGACAAGUGCUCCAAGAACGUGCCACCUAGCGAACAGCAGGCAGUGAAGCAUCGGGACAGGCUCGUUACAUGAUUCAAAAAGAACUUAACAAAUUUUUCUGGAGCUAAGAAAGGUAGGAAUACUCUGUAAGCGGUUCGCUGACAGGUAAAUCCCAGCUCCUGCGGUCACACGGAAUAUGAGAGAAUAAUGAAGGAAACCUUCUCUAGCAAGGCACUUUCUGUUGAAAACGUGACCAGUAAUUGUUAAGGAUAUUGAUCCAGAGAGGGUACAGCACAGAUUCUCUUGGAUACUGCCUGGUGUGAGGAAAUGCAAGGAAAGGAAACUUUAAAACAGUGCAGAAGAGGCAGCCAUGAAUUGACUGAUAGAGGGGUGUGUUUUGAGAGAUGGAUGAAAUGGAACUGUUCACUGAGGACACUGGAAACCACUUGGAGUGUGAGGACUAUAUGUUUGUUGAAUCAGAACAUUCUGGCAAAGUUCUAGAUGGGCUCAACAGCCUGCGACUGAACAAUGCUUUCUGUGAUGUUAUUCUGUGUUGUGAUGGUCAGGAAUUCCCAUGUCAUCGCAUUGUACUUGCCUCCUUCAGUUCCUAUUUCAGGGUCAUGUUUUCCACGGAUCUGGUGGAGUCUCGGCAGGAACGUGUGGCGAUAAAUGGUAUCGAGCCGCAGAUGGUGGGAUUGCUGGUGGUCUAUGCCUACACAGCCCGUGUGCUCAUUACGAGAGCCAACGUCCAGGCACUGCUGGCAGCUGCCAACCUCUUGGAUGUCAUGUCGGUUCGGGAAGCCUGCUGCAAGUUCAUGGAACGGCAGAUGGAUGAAACAAACUGUGUGGGCAUCCACUGCUUUGCUGAGGCCCACUCCUGCAUGGAGCUGCAGACCAAGAGUAUGAACUACAUCCUGCAGCAUUUUGAUGUCAUUCACAAGCAGGAGGAAUUCCUCUCGCUCUCAACAGAGAAGCUUAUUGAAAUUGUCUCCAGCGAUGAUCUUAAUAUCCCUUCUGAGGAGAUGGUCUUUGAGGCAGUUGUCCUCUGGUUGGAAAAGGAUCACUCAAGGGAACAGAAUUUUGAGAAGAUUUUAGAGCACAUUCGUCUGCCUUUAAUUAGUCCUUAUUACAUCCAUGACAUCGUAGAGUCGCUGAAUGUCAUCCAGGAGUCUCUUCCUUGUCAGCGGUUGAUUUCUGAAGCGAAGGACUACCUCUUGUUGCAGGACAGACGUGGGGAACUCCAAAGCUCCAGGACCCGUCCUCGCAGAUCAACAGGUACAACAGAGGUGAUUAUAGCGGUUGGAGGGGAAGAUGAUAAGGUGGUUCUUCGUAGUGUGGAGAGCUUUGACCCCAUUGGCCGUCAAUGGAAGUGCCUUGCCUAUUUGCCUUUUGCUGUUAGUAAGCAUGGACUUGUUGCAUCAGGUUCUACCCUUUACUUGGCCGGAGGGGAGUUUCCUGAUGGUUCUGCAAGUAAAGAAAUGUGGCGCUAUGACCCGUGUUUCGAUAUGUGGCAUGAAAUGGCAGCAAUGAAUGUGGCACGCUCUGAACUAGGCCUUGCUAUGUUGGAUGGUUUUGUUUUUGCUGUGGGAGGCUGGGAAGGAUCAUCAAGGCUGGAUUCCGUGGAAUGUUACAAUCCCCACACAAACACCUGGCACUUCCUGGAAUCCAUGAAGAUGGCAGUGACUAGUCCAGCUGUGGUGGCACUCCAUGGGCUCUUGUAUGUAGCAGGAGGAGCUGUCUUGGAGGAUGGUGAUGGGAUGGAUCUUGUUCAGGUGUACAAUCCUAAAAUGGACUCCUGGUUUGAGGUGGCUCCAAUGCAGAUUCCACGUUCUGGUUCUGCUGCCUGUGUCCUCCAGGGAAAGAUUUAUGUUAUUGGUGGCUGGCAUGCCUCAACGGAGAACACUGACAAGGUGGAGCAGUACGACCCUGAGACCAAUACAUGGAAGAUGUGUGCCCCCAUGAAUGAGAGACGCUAUCGACCAGGGGUGGCUGUGAUUGACAGCAAAAUCUAUGUGCUAGGAGGAGAGGAAGGUUGGGAUCGAUACCAUGACACCAUUGAGCAGUACAGUGAAGAAACUGGCAAAUGGGAAAUAUAUGGAGAAAUGCUCACAAGUCGCAGUUGGUUAAGUUGUGUGUCUGUGAAGAUGCAUGGCCCGGCCACACAGUUGAUCAAGAACAUUGUAUGAGCAAAUGUGAAUGUUUUCCAUCUUGUACACUCUGGAUAUGUGCCAUUGUCAGCAAUCUUGCGUGAAGGUUGUCACCUGCAAUUUUCAGAAUGUUCAAAGGAACUGUUCUUGCAGGACUCCUAGUUCUAUUAGUGUAAACUUAGAGAAGCAUGUUGAGACUAAUUUUUAACGCUGUAGCCCAGGUAGUAACCUGAUGCAGAGACACCGAUUCCUUUAGGAAACCCAUUGAGAUUUUGAGACAACAGUUUCAAUGGGAUGAAAGCUGGGUGGGUUGAUUUUAACAAGGACAAUGGGAACUGGUUUGUUUCUCAGAAUUAUUGCCCAGGUGGUAAUUUGACUGUUUCUCCUGUUUAUUUUAACCAAAUCAACCUCUGAAUUAAUUCCUUAAUUUUGACUGUCUUAAGAAGAGCUAACAAUAGCUUCAUGACAGUGGUGCUAACUCUAAUUGAGUCUGACUCUGCAAACAUCUUUUUAAUUAAGCAGGUUUUUCAUUUUGGUGCAGAAAGGGCCAUUUGUUCCAAUUGUUUAUUUCUCACAUCUCAGCUAAUGGCAUCUGGUCCUGCUGAUUAUCCUCUGUAUCGAGACUUUUGUUCCAAUCUAUCUACCCUGUUCUUUACCAAAUUCAAACCCCAAAAGAAACUGUGAUUAAGGCUUCAGCAAAUUCAUUAACUACUUUGAAGGACUUUAUAAUAUGGAUGGUAAUUUGUUCAAUGAUUUGGACUUCUGUAGUAUCUAGAGAAGAGUUGUAUUUUCAUGCUCAAAACAUUCAGAAUGAGCAUGCUUAUUCCUUCCUACACAGAGCUUGAUCCUUGUGCCCUGCAAGUAGCAAUAAAAUACAGAACAUGAUACUGCAUCCAUGCUCCACUUGCUACAAGUUUAUAAGUUGGUGUUUAAAAUCUCACCACUUGUUCAAAAAGGAAUUUUUAAAGUUGUUCUCACUUCAGGAGAGGCUUCACGCGGAAGCAAAUUCAAAAGUUUUGUUGAUCUCAACUUAACAAAAGGUUUCAAUACAGUGCUGAAGACAACCAAUCUGUCCAAUGGUCUUAAGAUAUGUGUCACUAUGCAUUGCAAGAUGUGUGCAGUAAGUAUCACUGCAAAUAUUGAGGAUUAAAAUUUGACUAAAUUUAACCUUCCAAAAGCUUCAGGUAUUGUGGUACUUGAUGCUGUGCUUAAAGACAGUAAUCAUAAAUGAUGCAAUAAAGGUAUUGUAGCUAUAUCAGUAUAACCCUAUGGGUUUUUAAAAAAUUGCUCAUGGACAAAUGCUUUUGUACCUCAGUACAUAACUCCUGCUGUAAAAACUUAAUGCAAAUAAUGUGUAAUAAAAUUUUGUAUUAAAACAUUCAUUGACAUAA